UGAAUCAACACGAGCAAAAUUCCAACUAUGAAGAUUCCAAGCAACGACUUAAGCACGGGACGUCAAAAUUAUUCCUUAGUGGGCCACUCCUUGUAUUGCUUUCCCUGCUUUUCUAUUCUUCCAGCGUUUUUCUUGUGCACGUUCGGAUGAACUCAUUCCCAACACCACUUUUGGCAAAUAACCACAGUGAUGAAUAUUUUACAGAGGAGAGAGCAAGGAAACAUCUCAAUGAUAUCACCGGAUUUGGCCCCCGUGUCGCAGGCAGUUAUGCAAACAUUCAGGCUGAAAAAUACAUUGUUUCAGAACUCGACAAAAUCAACCAAGUGCGGAAUCCUGUACAUGACAUACAAGUUGACAUUCAAAAUGUUACUGGUUCAUUUGUGUUGGAUUUUAUUGGAGUUGGCGAAUUCACAAGUGUCUAUAGUAAUCUAAGGAAUGUUAUUGCAAUGUUGUCACCUGCAGGGAAGACUGGAAAUCACAGUGUAUUGAUCAAUUGUCACUAUGACAGUGUUACGGAUAGCCCAGGUGCAAGUGAUGAUGCUGUCAGCUGUACACUCAUGUUGGAGAUCCUCAGGGCUUUGUCUCAGAGGAAAACACCACUGGUGCAUAACAUCGUCUUCCUCUUCAACGGAGCUGAGGAAAACAUCCUACAGGCAAGUCAUGGAUUCAUCACACAACACAGAUGGGCAGACAAGAUCAGGGCAUUUGUCAAUCUGGACUCGGCUGGAGCUGGUGGCUGGGAGCUGGUCUUUCAAACAGGUCCAGAGCAUCCUUGGCUGGUUAGAGCAUACGCUGUCGCCAAGUAUCCCUGUGGCUCAGCAGUCUGUCAGGAGAUCUUCCAGAGCGGACUUGUCCCAUCAGACACCGACUAUCGAGUGUUUCGGGAUUACGGCAAUAUCCCAGGUCUUGACAUCGCCCACGUGAAGAAUGGCUAUGUGUACCACACCAAGUACGACCGCCCCAACAUGGUGCAGCCAGGCUGCCUGCAGAGAGGAGGAGAAAAUCUGCAAGCACUUCUGGUUACCUUGGCGACAAGUAAACAAGUGGUUGACCCUGGUGAAGACAAACAUGGAAACAUGGUCUUUUUUGACUUCAUUGGUUACUUCAUGAUAUCCUAUCCUCAGCGAGUUGGCGUUCUCAUUAACUGGAGCAUCGUUGCUGUUGUUGUCCUCUCCAUUCUCAGAAAAGUCAGUACAGACUCAAAAGGUCCUGGAAUAGUGACUUACGCUGUUCAACUUGGUGGUGCAGUGAUUAGUAUAAUAUUGACAUGGGUUGCCGUGGUGACCAGUGCUGUGACGGUAGCACUCCUGCUGAACAUGGUUGGACGUGAGAUGUCAUGGUACUCCAACAUCCAUAAUAUCAGCUGGCUCUUCAUCUUGCCAGGAGUGACAUGUGGCCUUGGAAUCAACCUCCUCCUCAAGCAAACAGUGUACAGACACUGGGAUCCAUGGCGUGUGGAAACAUUAUUCUUCGAGGCCAAUCUGCUCUUCUUGUCGUCCAUCUUGUCUAUGUUGACCUACCACAACAUCAUGUCAUCUUACGUCAUCUUGCUGUGGGUCAUGUUCCCAAUCAUCAUCAGGGACAGGGUGAGCAGACUGCUCAACAUCACAUUCAGAGACAACCAUUCAGCAUACUACCUCAUGAGCUUCACCUCACUGUUUGUGCCAGCAUUCUACACCGUCUAUGUAAUCUAUGCUGUUUUACACUUCUUCAUCCCCAUUAUGGGACGUCUAGGCAGAGUUGUGGUUCCUGACAUUCCAGUCAGUGUCAUCACAGCCAUACCAGUCAUCCUUGCCACAGGCUUCCAGGCUGGUAUGGUGUAUCCGUCCAAGAAGAUCGGUCGGAUGGUGAGCUGCCUGGGUCUUCUGUCUAUUGGUGGCUUCUUACUUGUGGUCCUCACACCGAUGGGGUUCCCUUAUUCAAACACUAAUGAACAAAAGUCACAGCAGAGAACCGUUGUCAUGCACAUAGACAGACAGUUCCAUGAUCAAUCCAUGUCUGUGAUAAAACGAGACUCCUCAUUGUGGUAUAUUCCAUUCGACUACAAAGGGCCCAAGCUAUUGAAGAAGGAAGUUCCUGAACUAUUUGCCGAGGCCAAGCCAGUCCACUGUGAAGGAGCCUACUGUGGAAGGCCAUACCUCUACCCUGUCUUGCCACUCUUUGAUGCAGUUGACUCUCUGGAUCUCCCUGCUCCAAGGCUGAAUUUGACUCGGCGACUCUCAGUUAGCGUCACAAAGCGAGAGAAAAUAUCACCAGACCGAGUAAAGCUGUAUUUCAGUGUUACUGGUCCCGAUCAUAUGAACUGCUACAUCAUGCCGAGGCCAGAUGUCCGUGUCAUCUGGUGGUCCAUGGGCUCGCAGGACCCUCAGCCAGUCCGAACCAAUGACCAUCUGACUGAACCAACCUACUUCCUCUACCAUGCCCACGGACAUGAAUCACAAGACAGUUGGGACUUUGCUGUGGAGUUUUAUGUCAGUCAAAAGAAGGACAAGUCGGACCCCAUUGUGGAUAUGGGAUUUGCUGGUCACUAUCUCCAUGGCAACAGUCAGAAGACAGAACACUUUCACAGAUUUGUUUCCAAGCUGCCUGGGUGGGCGGUUGAUGUGGGUUGGUCAUGCACAUAUGAUAUGUUCACUCUGUAACCAACUGAGAAUUCCGAUGCAGGCAACUGCCAAGAAUAAAAUAACCUUGUAUUUGAGUUACUAACUCACCUUGAAUACAUCAAGAACAUUAAGAAGAUGGAAAGGAAGGGAAACUUUCAGCAAACAUCACAUCAAUGGAUUCCCGAAGUCCAGCUUAUCUGGAUCUAACCCUUUCAACAUUUUCUUUUUGUAUCCACUUGUUAGAUAAUAUUCCAUACAAUAUAAUAGAAACAGUUAUAAUAUUGACACCUACUUUUGAAAUUGCUGGGCUUUUCUUUGCAGAACCAUAAGGGUUGAUACUGGUUACUCAUUUCAGGAUGCUAUUGAGAACUG